ACUUUUGCCUUCUUGCAAGACAAUACUUUAACCACUAGAAACGGUGCAUACGCAUGGUCUAAAGUUUGCGGGAGGAUAAGCACAUUCCAGCCGAGCGAGCCUCGCUCUUUAGCGCGAGUGAUUUCGGAAAAAUUGAAUGUAUGCGAAGUAGUUUUCACAUUCAAACGUUAUAUGUCCAAUGCCAGAAUCAAAUAUGCUUCCCGAAAAUAACAUGGUCGCUGUGGUAUAUUGGCGAUUUUCUACAUUUAUUAGAGUGCCAUCAGGUAGCCUGAUUUCAGAUGUGUCCAUGUAAACAGGAUUAUUAGGGAUAAUGUUCUUGCAAAGCAUGUAAACGUUUAUUUAUUUUUUAAAUCAAAGGCACAACUUUGAUUUAACAUGUGGGAGGGUCAGAACCUUGCGGGGAUCUGGGGGUCCUCCCCCAGAUUUUUUUUUUGCCACCCAUAGCUAAUUUCUUGCAUUUCUACACAAUUUAACAUGACCAUUCUAACAUGUUUAUUUUAGAAGAGCAAAACUAAGCAAAAAGGGCCACAGUUAUCAAGCUAGGUAAGAGAUAAUUAAACUUGUUUAAGUGAUUGAUAAAAGACUGAACUAGAGCAAAGGUAAUUCAAUCAUCAAUAUUGUGUUGCUAAGUACACAUUCUUCACUUUAGUUUUGUAAUGAAUUCCUCUAUAUAAAACAUCAAACUUAGUCAUUAAAUAUUUCAAGUUUCUAUGAAUAUAUAGUAAAAGGAUAUCUUCACUUACAGACUCUUUUGUCAUUUACCCAUCUAUGGGUAAAUAUUUCAAGUUUCUAUGAAUAUAUAGUAAAAGGAUAUCUUCACUUACAGACUCUUUUGUCAUUUAUGUAAUCUAUGGGGUCAGGAGAGAGUCGUCCAUUGUUCGGAUUUGUUUCAAAAGCAUCUGCCAACUUGAGUGAACUAGCCAAAAACACUAUGGGAGUGAUAGGGGGCAAGCUCAUGAUUUUCAAAAGUUGUGGUCAAAUCACCUCGAAGUAACUUCAAACCAAGUCUUUGAGUUGAUUUGUUCAUGCAAUUCUGAACAUGGUGAGCUUGCCCCUAUCCAUUGUAUUUUUUUGGGGGGUUAGGUUAGCUCAUAUACUGUAGUUUCAUACCCUUAGCAUAUGAUCAGAAGAUGUGCUCAGAACAGGAGUUACAUAAGCCUUUACCUGAAGGAGGAGUUCUUGGCCAAUUCAUGUGAUUUAGGCUGCAUUUUGUGAUGACAUUUGUCUAUCAGGUUUGACAAGCACCUUUAUUAGGGCUCUGAUAGAUAAUCACUAUUUUAGGGAUGGUGAAUGCCAGAGGCAGAUGUGGCAGACCAUUACAAUGCUGAAGUACAGUGCAUUCCUCUGAAAACUAAGCGUUUUCUACGUUAUAUGAAUACCUUAUUAACAUACAUUUGUUUUAAGAUAGUGAUGUCACAGUUUAGUGUGAACCCUUUUUACUCCACCAACAGGAUAUAAUGUUAUCCAGCACACAACCAACACAGAAGACCAGGGCAGGUAAGUUAUUAUAAAUGAAUGGGUUAAACAUGGAUCAGACCCCUUUUCCCCACCUCCCACAGCAGACUGCACGAUUUCCCGGACUUGUGUCGAUAGACUCCCCUCAGGUACAUAGGUAGGUAGGUUACCCCUGCCCUCCUCUCAGGUAAAUAUCGGACAUGCAAAAGUGACACACUGCAUUAUUCUGAUAUGGCACUAUAAAAAUAUGGUAAACGGCACUACAAUCGCACUCUGGUGCUGCGCACAAGACAUCACCACUUGCAUCGUGGACCGAGCCCCCACGGAGAGACAUUUUCCGCUCAACUCCCAGCCCUGAACACCAAAAAACAAAGGGCUUUUAAAGGAAAUUACAGCCAAUUCACAGCUACCUGUCUGAUUAGCUAACUCCCUGGAGGUGCGCCUGAUCACACCAGCCCCGCCACCCACUUAUCUACCAACCCAUCUCGUGACAAUAACAUAUUAUUCUCUAUAUUAGGACACUUGGGGGAAUCCGAAACAAAUGUGUACAAAUUAUUUUAUGAACUUUUGAAUCUGGCCUUAUAACGCAAAGAUAUGUCAAAUCAGGUAAUGCCAAAUUUGAGUCUAAAUUAACUAUGAUUUGAAGUGAUUGAAAUGCAUCAGACAAGUAUUGGAAAGUUCAGGAAAGGAAGAUCAUCAGGCAAUCAUUGUGUAUAUCAUAUUUCUUACAACAGAAAAUCUAUUUAUUUCCCCCAGUCAUUCUGUGCGGUUUUGUCACAGUCCCUUCUAAAGAGUCCUGUGCGACUUGUGAGCGAUGUAGAUAGCAGCGAAAUUCAUAGAAUGAAAACAAAUUCAACAUGCUACACUGGCUUUAGAAACCGCUAGUUGCAGAAUUAAACGGCUUGCCCGCCUGCUUCCUUCUGAAAGUUGCGCCCCUCGUUUUAAUGGAACUAUUAUAUUAAUCUGACAGUAAUCUCAUUAUUGUGUUAAUGUUACCGUAGACCUACUCAUUUGAUUAUAAGUGGGUGAGGUUACUGAUGCUGGUGGUGGUUUUGAAUGACUAAGAAGCUGAUUAUUGUGGCGUUGAAGGCAACAAUACCAUUAAACAUUUCAAUCAUCAUCUAUGUUACAAAUCUACGUUUCAAGGAGCCUAGGCCCAGCAGUCGUCGAGUUCCUUUCAAAUUAGACUGCAUAAUGUUAAUGUGGCUCGUUCAUGUAUGUGGUCAGGUUGGUUACAUCAACACUAAGAUUAUAAUCUAGAUUGUUACAAUGUAGCAUAGAUGGAGCCUAAUUGCAGACAGUCCCCGCAAUUUUGGGUGGAUACCCUAACGACAUAAAUAUUUCCUGUCCAAACUAUAUUUUCCCUCUGACGGCUGCUUUGAACUGAUGAUGAAGGUCUCUAUUAUAACUUUUUUUUUUUUUUUACAUAGCCUACGUUACAGUACAAGACAAGCGGUGGCCAAAUAUAGCUGGUAUUAUUGCCGCAGGACGUGGAUUUUUGGCAACAAGCUGAUUGUAUGUGGACACCACCGAGCGCUCUGAUAUCCGACCUCCCCAAUAUGCGGAACUGGGCAUUUGCGUGGUAAAUUCUCCUAAAAAAAAAAAAUUAAAUAGCCCACAUCCUGCCUACCGUUACCCUCUGCAGUUUUCGGAUGAAUUUUAGGGAUGUAUCUCAUUGUUAGGUAGCAGCAAACUCAAGACAAACUCAGAAAGAGAGAAAGACACAGGGACUAAACGAGAAGAAGGAAUGCUUCGGGAGAACAGAUGUUUUUGUUCAGGAAAAACUCCGAACUGAGAUUUCAUGGGGAAAGAAACAAAGAAGGUAACUCUAGGUUACGUAAAACAUGGUAGUACGUUUCAAUGUAACCGUAUCUUGCUUUGAAAUCGCUUGCGGGCUUUUGAGGUUAUGCUAUUAAGGUUCGCUGCACAGUCAGUAGAAUUAAUGGGACAACUCGCAAACUUUCCUGCAAGAAUGUUGUGUGGAAGCGUAUUUCCCGUUGAAGCAGGACACAUAUGGGGACUGUAUAGCGGCCAAUGUCGUGCACUAUGGAGGAAAGUAGAGUAGGCUAAUUAAAGAUGGUCGAAAUGAAGGAGAGAGGAGAGAAAAUAUUAUUUUCCUAUGGCAUGCAGGCAUAUUGUCUUGACUGGAGACAGUCACUGGUUCCCGUGUGUGCUUUUGUAGCAGUAGCCUAGCACGUUGCCUUCUUCAUACAAGAUAAAGCUAUAUGCCUUUCCGAAUUCUGUGAUGUAGUUCGAAACUUUUUACAUGCUUGCUAGGGACUUCCCAUACUCUACAGGCUGUACAGGCAAAACAUUGGCCACGUGGAGGAAAGCUGACAAAUGAUUGGUGAUUUGCACCAUUACGCUCACGUCAUUCUACUGUUAGCCUUUUGCCAUCACAGCACCGGUGUGUCUGCCAUCACAGCACCAGUGUGUCGUCAGUGAUUAAGUUCAUGUAAACUCAGGUGUUAUUUUUUUGGGGAACUGUGUUUCUGUCAGGACAGGAGUGUUGUUACACUGAGGACUUGUGAAGAGAAUAAUCAACAACCUCUGCAUCAUCAAGACAGUUGCUUUGUGAGAAGGUGUUAACCAUGGAAGGUAACUCAUGUUCUUAGUUAGUAAUUGUUAUGUAAAUGCUAGCUGGAGAGUACCAGUGGCCUUGCCUUGGGCCCAAGUCAGAGCAGGUCCACUGAAGCCAUGGCCCAGUGAGACACUGGAGCCUGUCCGUGGAGGUGGAAACACAAAAGUCUGGGGCUUUUUGGUAUAACACUGGGGUAAGUCUCAGUUGUGUGUUAGGUGAGUGUGUGUGUGUGCUUGUUACACAGUAACUACACUUAGGAAGUUUAAAACCAUCCUGGUUUCCUUUCCAAACUGUUCAAUCAUUAUACCUUCAUCAGGCCUAAGCUGAGUAGUUACAUAUUAUGACUUGACGGCAAUGUCCUUCUCUUUAUUGUUCAUUCUCUCUUUGUUUGCCCCUUCCUCUGAGAAGCUGACAGGUUUGUGUUUGUGUUUGUGUGUGUGACUGUGUUUGUGUGUGUGUGUAUGUUUGUGUUUGUGUGUGUGACUGUGUUCAAUGGGCAGCCGAACAGAGACAGAUGUCCAUUCGGUGCUAAAUUAGACAAUAGCACUAAAUGGCUCUUGGCUGUCAUCUUCUUGUCUCCACCCCAGCUAUGGCUGAAGAUGUCUCUGGACUCUGACAAGGCGUGUGGGAUGCUGUCCCAGAACUCCACGACCUCCUGCGUCUUCCAGGCUGCAGAUGAGAAGGAUGAUGUCCCAGAACUCCACGACCUCCUGCGUCUUCCAGGCUGCAGAUGAGAAGGAUGAUGUCCCAGAACUCCACGACCUCCUGCGUCUUCCAGGCUGCAGAUGAGAAGGAUGAUGUCCCAGAACUCCACGACCUCCUGCGUCUUCCAGGCUGCAGAUGAGAAGGAUGAUGUCCCAGAACUCCACGACCUCCUGCGUCUUCCAGGCUGCAGAUGAGAAGGAUGAUGUCCCAGGGGUGGGGGAGGACAGGUAUACUCUAAAACCCUGUCCCUCCUCUCUUUCGCUCUCUCUGUGUCUCUCUCUCUCUUUUUGUCCGUCUCUCUCUCUCUCUCUGUCUGUAUCUCUCUCAAUUCAAUUACAUUCAAUUCAAAGGGCUUUAUUGGCAUGGGAAAUGUACAACAUAAAUAUAGGUUGUAUUUACAGUGGUGUUUGUUUUUCGCUGGUUGCCCUUUUCAUGUGGCAACAGGUCACACAUCUUGCUGCUGUGGUGGCUCACUGUGGUAUUUCACCUAAUAGAUAUGUGAGUUUAUCAAUAGCAAGGCUAUGCUCACUGAAUCUAUACAUAGUCAAAGCUUUCCUUAAUUUUGGAUCAGUCACGGUAGUCAGGUAUUCUGCUAAUGUGUACUCUCUGUUUAGGGCCAAAUAACAUUUCAGUUUGCUCUGUUUUUUUGUUGAUUCUUUCCAAUGUUUCAAGCAAUUAUCUUUUUGUUUUCUCAUGAUUUGGUUGAGUGUAAUUGUGUUGCUGUCCUGGGGCUCUGUGGGGUCUGUUUGUGUGCAGAGUCUCCGUAACAUCUGGCUGAGGUUCACCUCCAGGUUCACCUCUGUAGGUGAGGGCUUUGUUAUGGAUUAUUUUUAGGUGGUUGUAGAAUUUAAUGGCUCUUUUCUGGAUUUGGAUAAUUAGCGGGAAUCAUCCUAAUUCUGCUCUGCAUGCAUUAUUUGGUGUUUUACGUUGUACACAGAGGAUGUUUUUGUAGAAUUCUGCAUGCAGAGUCUCAAUUUGAUAUUUGUCCCAUUUUGUGAAUUCUUGGUUGGUGAGUGGACCCCAGACCUCACAACCAUAGAGGGUAAUGGGUUCUAUACAGUGGGGAAAAAAAAGUAAUUAGUCAGCCACCAAUUGUGCAAGUUCUCCCACUUAAAAAGAUGAGAGAGGCCUGUAAUUUUCAUCAUAGGUACACGUCAACUAUGACAGACAAAAUGGGAAAACAAAUUCCAGAAGAAAACAUUGUAGGAAUUUUAAUGAAUUUAUUUGCAAAUUAUGGUGGAAAAUAAGUAUUUGGUCACCUACAAACAAGCAAGAUUUCUGGCUCUCACAGACCUGUAACUUCUUCUUUAAGAGGCUCCUCUGUCCUCCACUCGUUACCUGUAUUAAUGGCACCUGUUUGAACUUGUUAUCAGUAUAAAAGACACCUGUCCACAACCUCAAACAGUCACACUCCAAACUCCACUAUGGCCAAGACCAAAGAGCUGUCAAAGGACACCAGAAACAAAAUUGUAGACCUGCACCAGGCUGGGAAGACUGAAUCUGCAAUAGGUAAGCAGCUUGGUUUGAAGAAAUCAACUGUGGGAGCAAUUAUUAGGAAAUGGAAGACAUACAAGACCACUGAUAAUCUCCCUCGAUCUGGGGCUCCACGCAAGAUCUCACCCCGUGGGGUCAAAAUGAUCACAAGAACGGUGAGCAAAAAUCCCAGAACCACACGGGGGGACCUAGUGAAUGACCUGCAGAGAGCUGGGACCAAAGUAACAAAGCCUACCAUCAGUAACACACUACGCCGCCAGGGACUCAAAUCCUGCAGUGCAAGACGUGUCCCCCUGCUUAAGGCAGUACAUGUCCAGGCCCAUCUGAAGUUUGCUAGAGUGCAUUUGGAUGAUCCAGAAGAGGAUUGGGAGAAUGUCAUAUGCUCAGAUGAAAACAAAAUAUAACUUUUUGGUAAAAACUCAACUCGUCGUGUUUGGAGGACAAAGAAUGCUGAGUUGCUGAGAUACCUACUGUGAAGCAUGGGGGUGGAAACAUCAUGCUUUGGGGCUGUUUUUCUGCAAAGGGACCAGGACGACUGAUCUGUGUAAAGGAAAGAAUGAAUAGGGCCAUGUAUCGUGAGAUUUUGAGUGAAAACCUCCUUCCAUCAGCAAGGGCAUUGAAGAUGAAACGUGGCUGGGUCUUUCAGCAUGACAAUGAUCCCAAACACACCGCCCGGGCAACGAAGGAGUGGCUUCGUAAGAAGCAUUUCAAGGUCCUGGAGUGGCCUAGCCAGUCUCCAGAUCUCAACCCCCAUAGAAAAUCUUUGGAGGGAGUUGAAAGUCCGUGUUGCCCAGCGACAGCCCCAAAACAUCACUGCUCUAGAGGAGAUCUGCAUGGAGGAAUGGGCCAAAAUACCAGCAACAGUGUGUGAAAACCUUGUGAAGACUUACAGAAAACGUUUGACCUGUGUCAUUGCCAACAAAGGGUAUAUAACAAAGUAUUGAGAAACUUUUGUUAUUGACCAAAUACUUAUUUUCCACCAUAAUUUGCAAAUAAAUUCAUUAAAAAUCCUACAAUGUGAUUUUCUGGAUUUCUUUUUCAUUUUGUCUGUCAUAGUUGACGUGUACCUAUGAUGAAAAUUACAGGCCUCUCUCAUCUUUUUAAGUGGGAGAACUUGCACAAUUGGUGGCUGACUAAAUACUUUUUUUCCCCACUGUAAAUGAUUCAAGUAUUUUUAGCCAGAUCCUAAUUGGUAUGUCGAAUUUUAUGUUCCUUUUGAUGGCAUAGAAGGCCCUUCUUGCCUUGUCUCUCAGAUCGUUCACAGCUUUGUGGAAGUUACCUGUGGUGCUGAUGUUUAGGCCGAGGUAGGUGUGCUCUAGGGCAACAGUGUCAUGGUGAAUUUAUGGUCCUGGCAACUGGACCUUUUUUGGAAAACCAUUAUUUUUGUUUUACUGAGAUGAAUUGUCAGGGCCCAAGUCUGACAGAAUCUGUGCAGAAGAUCUAGGUGCUACUGUAGGCCCUCAUUGGUUGGGGACAGAAGCACCAGAUCAUCUGCAAACAGUAAACAUUUGACUUUAGAGUCUAGUAGGGUGAGGCAGAGUGCUGCAGACUGUUCUAGUGCCCUCGCCAAUUCAUUGAAGAUGGUGGGGCUCAAACUGCAUCCCUGUCUCACCCCCCGGCCCUGAGGAAAUCUCUCUCUCUCUCUAUCUCUCUCUCUCUCUCUCUCUCUCUCUCUCUCUUGCUGUCUGUAUUUGUCUCUCCCUCUCUUGCUGUCUGUAUUUGUCUCUCUCUCUCUUGCUGUCUGUAUUUGUCUCUCUCUCUGUCUCUCUCUCUCUUGCUGUCUGUAUCUGUCUCUCUCUCUCUCUCUCUUAAUUAAUUAAUUAUCUUUCUCUCUCCUUUUUCCUUUCCUUCUGUCUUUUAUCUCUCAGGUCACCUAAUAUUUAAUUCCAUAUAGGCCUACAUUCGCUUUCUCAACAAAUUCUCAUCAUAUCUUUUCAGUUUGGGUGAAAUGUAUUUGUGUCUCUCUCCUGUCUCCUGUCUCCUAUCUGUUCAGUGUUCUAGAGAUGCUGAGUUACUCCAAGUUCUCUGUUCUGGAGACAUGGCUGUGCAUGCCCUCCACACUGCUCCCCGGGGCCCUAGAGUCCACCACCUCCACUUCUACAGUAUAUCCCUCCACGCUGCUCCCCGGGGCCCUAGAGUCCACCAACUCCACCUCCUCAGCCUCCACCUCUACAGCACGCCUCUCCACCUGCAGCGAGACAGGAGAGACAGACACACCACACAGGUAACUACAGGACACCUGUUACAUUGAACGUAGAUAGAUAGGCCUUAUAACUACCUAGUUUUUACAGUAGUACCUUGUAUGGGAGCCAAAGAUGCAUUUCCAUAUUAGUCUGUUGACUUCAAUUUCAAUAAGUUGUACUGGCUAUGAUCAACACCAGAUUUCACGAGUGUAAUGGGGUUUGGUUGGUUGUUAAGGAUAACUGGUAGGUUUUGGAGUAAUAGCAUUAAAAGGCAGAGUAGCUUCAAUUGUGUCCCACUUAACUAUAAGAGGUUUGAAAACCCAAACAGUCACAGGCCCCAGUGAGACCUUGUGUGGUUUAGUCUUUCAGUCAUUACAAAGGCUCAAUCCACCAGCCUCGUCAUUGAUUCCCCUGAUUUGGCUUCACACACACACACAAACACAAACACACACACACACACACACACACACACACACACACACACACACACACACACACACACACACACACACACACACACACACACACACACACACACACACAUACACAUUCACACACACACACACACACAGGUACAGUGGGGGAAAAAAGUAUUUAGUCAGCCACCAAUUGUGCAAGUUCUCCCACUUAAAAAGAUGAGAGAGGCCUGUAAUUUUCAUCAUAGGUACACGUCAACUAUGACAGACAAAAUGAGAAUUUUCUUUCCAGAAAAUCACAUUGUAGGAUUUUUAAUGAAUUUAUUUGCAAAUUAUAGUGGAAAAUAAGUAUUUGGUCAAUAACAAAAGUUACUCAAUACUUUGUUAUAUACCCUUUGUUGGCAAUAACACAGGUCAAACGUUUUCUGUAAGUCUUCACAAGGUUUUCACACACUGUUGCUGGUAUUUUGGCCCAUUCCUCCAUGCAGAUCUCUUCUAGAGCAGUGAUGUUUUGGGGCUGUCGCUGGGCAACACGGACUUUCAACUCCCUCCAAAGAUGUUCUAUGGGGUUGAGAUCUGGAGACUGGCUAGGCCACUCCAGGACCUUGAAAUUGUUGCCCGGGCGGUGUGUUUGGGAUCAUUGUCAUGCUGAAAUACCCAGCCACGUUUCAUCUUCAAUGCCCUUGUUGAUGGAAGGAGGUUUUCACUCAAAAUCUCACGAUACAUGGCCCCAUUCAUUCUUUCCUUUACACGGAUCAGUCGUCCUGGUCCCUUUGCAGAAAAACAGCCCCAAAGCAUGAUGUUUCCACCCCCAUGCUUCACAGUAGGUAUGGUGUUCUUUGGAUGCAACUCAGCAUUCUUUGUCCUCCAAACACGACGAGUUGAGUUUUUACCAAAAAGUUAUAUUUUGGUUUCAUCUGACCAUAUGACAUUCUCCCAAUCCUCUUCUGGAUCAUCCAAAUGCACUCUAGCAAACUUCAGACGGGCUUGGACAUGUACUGGCUUAAGCAGGGGGACACGUCUGGCACUGCAGGAUAUGAGUCCCUGGCGGCGUAGUGUGUUACUGAUGGUAGGCUUUGUUACUUUGGUCCCAGCUCUCUGCAGGUCAUUCACUAGGUCCCCCCCGUGUGGUUCUGGGAUUUUUGCUCACCGUUCUUGUGAUCAUUUUGACCCCACGGGGUGAGAUCUUGCGUGGAGCCCCAGAUCGAGGGAGAUUAUCAGUGGUCUUGUAUGUCUUCCAUUUCCUAAUAAUUGCUCCCACAGUUGAUUUCUUCAAACCAAGCUGCUUACCUAUUGCAGAUUCAGUCUUCCCAGCCUGGUGCAGGUCUACAAUUUUGUUUCUGGUGUCCUUUGACAGCUCUUUGGUCUUGGCCAUAGUGGAGUUUGGAGUGUGACUGUUUGAGGUUGUGGACAGGUGUCUUUUAUACUGAUAACAAGUUCAAACAGGUGCCAUUAAUACAGGUAACGAGUGGAGGACAGAGGAGCCUCUUAAAGAAGAAGUUACAGGUCUGUGAGAGCCAGAAAUCUUGCUUGUUUGUAGGUGACCAAAUACUUAUUUUCCACCAUAAUUUGCAAAUAAAUUCAUUAAAAAUCCUACAAUGUGAUUUUCUGGAUUUUUUUCUCAAUUUGUCUGUCAUAGUUGACGUGUACCUAUGAUGAAAAUUACAGGCCUCUCUCAUCUUUUUAAGUGGGAGAACUUGCACAAUUGGUGGCUGACUAAAUACUUUUUUCCCCCACUGUAACUUGAUACACCUAUUGGUCCUUGAACGCUUGAGGGCCACUGCCUUUGACUGGGGAGCUCAGUGCCAUAAUGUGUGGCUAUGUUGCCAGUGUUGUUUGAGUGAGUGUUCAUCAAGCCUUACCCAGCUCCCCCCUACCCCUGGUCACCCCAAAAAUAAACUCUCACAGUAUGUGCAUCUUGCUGUGUGGCAGACAUUGAUGUCCAUGGAAGCUGAUUGCAAAAGUUGAGGUGAUAAAACAAGUAUAAAAAUGUCUAGAGAAAUGGAUAUGUUUUGAGAAUUGGUCGAUGUUGAGUUACUAUGGUAAAGAGCUAUGUUGAGUUCGGAGAAGGUAGUGGAAUUUUUCGUGUGGAGGAGGAAGACGGGAGACCAUAGAGGAUCAUGGAGGAGCUGCAGUUACAACAUCACUGAAGUCAGGUACUAGGUAAUAGAUAAUAGCUCAUAAGCCAUUUACAAGCAAUUAAUAACCACUGUUUGUAAAUUAUCAUGUGCAAGCUUUUAGUUGACUAUUGGUGGUACAGACCAAGAGUACCAGAUUCCACUGUAAAGGGCGAAGCAAUGCGGUCUCGGCUGUGAAUAAUCAGUAUGCUUUGGACUAGGACUAUGUUUAAUGCUCACAGAUGUCAUGUAAUCUACCUAAUGGUUUGAGAAAGGCUAUUCAAGUUACCUGGAUAGUGGGUAUUUCAGGGCUUGUUCACUGUUUACAUUGUAUUUUCAGAACUUCAAAAAGUGUCUUUGGCAUUGAUGACAGAACAGAACAGAACAGAACAGAAAGCGUUGACAAUGUGACUUAUUCCUUAUCUCUGAACGUUUCAUAGACUACUGUAACUAUCUCAUUGUCUCCUUUUUUCCAUAUCUUGAAUGUUUUAGCUCAUGCUAGUAGAGUACUGUGCAUACGUGUGUGUGUGUGUGAUAGUGUGUGUGUGCAUACGUGUGUGUGUGUGUGUGUGUGUGUGUGUGUGUGUGUGUGUGUGCAUACGUGUGUGUGUCAAACUGCCACGAUGCAAAUUAGGUACUAUUAGUGUCACUCAAGAGCUCUGAAAAGAAAAACAGAAAAUGAAAUGUAUUACAUCUUCCCCUAAUUAUUAUCGCUCUUCAGUGUGAAAACAGUGUUAAAUACUAGCUCUGCGUUCCCAAUGGCACCCUAUUCCAUAUAGUUCACUACUUUUGAUCAGAGCCCUAUUGGCCCUGGUCAAGAGUAGUGCACUAUAUAGGGAAUAGAGGGCCAUUGGGGACGCAACCAAGGUCAUUGACACCUCAGAGGAGAAGUUACUGUAUUUAAAGGAAUGAUUAAAUGCAGUCAUGCUUGACUGGUCUAAUGUGAGUUCUCCUUUAUUUCAGUCUAAUUGCGUGUCAACUACUCGUAGAAAUCCAAAGCAAGGUUUUGUAAUUCACUGGCUGUAUCCCAAAUGGCACCCUAUUCCCUACAUAGUGCACUACUUUUACUAGAGCCCUAUGGGCCCAGGUCAAAAGUAGUGUAUGCUGAAAUACCUUCAUGAUCAAUAGUGUGUUGUUGUUGACAUUCCUACUGGUUUUGUCCAAAGUGUCCAUUGUUCAGACAAGCUAGACCGCGGCUAGCAUGCUGUUGGAACCUUUCCACUCGUUCAAAUUCCACCUGAGCUGAGGAGACCAGCUCCAAGAACAACAUAAAUCUGACUAAGUUUUAUUGGUCAGUCCAGAAAUAGACCCGUUAUAAUUGGUCAGUCUAGAAAUAGACACGUUUUGAUAAGUCAGUCCAGAAAUAGACCUGUUGUAAUCGAUCAGUCCAGAAAUAGUCCCGUUUUAAUUGGUCAAUCCAGAGGUCUACAGGUGUUUACUUCCUGUCUUGUGUCUUCUACUUCCUGUGUCGGUCCGUAGGCCUCUGGAGAGGGAGACCAUGUUCCUGACCCCUGCUCUGGGGUGGGAAACCCUGUUCCUGGCCACACCCCUCGCCCCCAUUCUGUCCUCUACGCCAUGCAACAUGACCCCCGUUACUUCAGCAAUGACCUCUGUGACCUCAUCAGGAGACUCGGCCUCUCAGGGCAGGGUCAGCGUUAGGAAGCGCAGGCGGCUGGCGGCCAGCCCCAGGGGACUGCAAUGGAACUCUACAGGUACACUUCAUCCCUCUAUCUCAUUUUUUUUCUUCUCUCUCUCUCUCUCCUCUCUCUUCUCUCUUCCCUCUCUCCUCUCCUCGCGCCUCUCCUCCUCUCUCUCCUCUCUCUCUCUCUCUCCUCUCUCUCUCUCUCUUUCUUUCUUCUGAAGUUGGGUGGGGUGACUCAUUAUCUGCUUGUCUCUCUGUAUAACUUCUUCAGUAGUGAACGUGCUCUUCCCUUGGAUCUAUGAUGGUCCUAUUUAUUAUGUAGUGUGGUCUGUUUCCUGUGUGUGUGGUGUGAGUGAGUGUGUGUCUCAGCUCCACCCUUCUAGAGAAUGAUAAUGACUUCUUCCUCUUAGACAGAUGAAACACACAACUCCUCUCCCCUCUCCUCCUCUCUCCACUCCUCUCCUCUCCCCUCUCCUCACCCCUCUCCUGCUCUACCGUUUGGUGUCAGAAGUCUAACCAAACUAUUCUAACUAGCAGUUUUCGCUUUAGCCCUCUAGAGGGAGCUCUAGUCUAAUACAAGCUCUGUGCUGCCACAGUAGGACCUAACAAAACAGUCAGUAACACACCACUCUAAUAUCCCAACUCUGGGUAUAUUAUUAUUCUAUAUAUUAUAAGAUGAAAAACAAUGCACAUUUUGUUUUGUCCUGUGUUUGAGGAAGGGGAACAGUGGACCUGAAGGUCCCCAGUUUGAAUCUCGCCUCGGCCAGAAAUAAAAUUUCU